AUGUCGCCAUACGCUUUCUAAAACUGCGGUAAUGACAACCCCUCUUGACUCAUGAUACUUCUCUGAGAGAUUACUACUGUUCUUUUCAUUGUGUCUAACAUUCAUUACUUCUAGAGGAUUCUAGAGCUUUAAUAAUUGCAAGUUUUGAAAACUCAUUCGGCUUUCCCAGCAUCAAGUAGCCAAUAUCAUUCAUCUCAUAGCACGACGUAUCGGUAUAUCAGCAUUGUAUAUAUAUCCAGCGAAAUACCCAAUCAUAGUCUUCGAGUUCAGGAAACUCGAAUUCAGCUUUCAUUCUUUGCUGCAUCUUGCCUUACAAUUUAUUUUCGACGGCAGCCGUGCAUUACGAUUUUGACCUUCAUUAUUGAUCUCCGAGCAAGUCACAAUCAACACCACCAUUUCACAUAAACUAGGUACAUUAUAUCCUAGCAAUCCCGCCAUGGCAGACAUCUCGACCUGCGCUCCCCUCACGCGCUCUUCCGUGCAAGCCGCACACAAGAUCGUCAAGCCAUACGUCCAUCGCACGCCCGUUCUGACAUGCUCUACGCUCGACAAGCUUGCAUCGACUCCACAAGACCCCGCUGCGCUUCAAGGCACGCCCUACGAAGGCCGCACACCCGCUCGGCCAAAGAUCAACUUGUUUUUCAAAUGCGAAAACUAUCAACGCAUUGGAGCUUUCAAAGCGCGCGGCGCAUUUCACGCACUGAGUCGACUUACCGACGAACAAUGUAAAAAGGGCGUAGUCACCCACAGCAGUGGAAACCACGCGCAAGCUCUCGCCCUCGCCGCACACACCCGCGGCGUCAAAGCCUACAUUGUCAUGCCACACAUCUCCACUCCGUCCAAGAUCGCCGGCACCAAGUCCUACGGCGCCGAAGUCAUCUUCAGCGGCUCCACUUCGACCGAGCGCGAGGCCGUUGUCGCCGACGUCAUUGCCCGUACUGGCGCCACCUUGGUCCCGCCAUACGAUCACCCAGAUAUUAUUCUCGGGCAGGGCACACUUGCACUCGAACUCGAAGAACAAGUCGCCGAGCUACUCUCCUCUUCUUCUUCCCCUUCCUCCUCUUCCUCCUCGUCCCUCUCUUCCCCGCCCCCUGCUUCCUCGUCUACAUCAUCACCACCAUCCAGCGGGCUACACGCAGUCAUCGCCCCCUGCGGCGGCGGGGGCAUGCUCUCCGGCGUCGCCACCGCCUUAUCCGGAACAGGCACACUCGUAUUUGGGUCUGAACCAUCUUUCCAAGGCGCCGACGACGCCGGACGCGGUCUCGCGCAGGGAAAACGCAUCGAGGCCGUCAAGACACUGACUAUUGCCGACGGGCUGAGAACGCCGCUUGGUGCGAUCCCAUGGAGCGUUUUAAGCCAGGAAUAUGACCCGAACGUGGUCACAACGACGACAGGCGGAUCGUCAGGAUCGUCAUCGCUCGGAUCGAAAAGGAAACUACACGGCAUGUUCUCCGCUACAGAGUCCCAGAUUAAAGCCGCGAUGAAACUAGUGCUUGAACGCAUGAAGGUCGUUAUUGAGCCCAGCGCGGCAGUCCCGCUUGCGGUCGUGCUGUUUAAUGAAGAUUUCCGCAUUUUAGUUGAGAAACUCCAGCACGACCAGCAGCGGAAGCAGGAUCAUGGUCAGCAAGCGGGAGACGUUUGGGCGUGGAAUCUCGGCGUUGUGUUUUCAGGCGGAAAUACGACCGUUGAAGCAAUUGCCAGAUUGUUUGGCUCGGAUUCUUAGAUCUCAUUAUUGGAUUUGUAGUCUUGAGAUCCUGACACCAAUAAUGCCCGUGGAAUGGUAUUGCGCUUUGGGUGUAGAUGUGUAUUAGUAGACACAGUUGGGGCCCAUGGGGGGAAAGUGUUCUGCA